UCACCAGUCAACCCUGUUGGCGGGGCAUCGCAUUGCUGAGGUUUUCGGCGACGGACGAUUCCCACCGACGGCACAGAAAACACAAAAAAUAUCCCUGAACAGAAAAAAGCAAGGUAGAGAGGAGUGGCAUGUAUUCUUUGAUAUGAUCUUUAUCAUUCUAUUGUUGUUCUUUUUAGGUUCCGGCUUCGUGUUUUCUUUUCUUUACCACUUCUCCGUCCUUUUCUUUUCUCAAUUUCCUAAUCUUUUUUUUUUUUUCUUUUUUUUUAUCAUUGUGGAAACCGACCGUGUUCUCCCGGUUAUGUUCCGCAUGACGCUGUGGACUCGUGGCCGAGUGGAAUAUUCAACCGGGGUUCAUUGUAUCUUUCUUCCGACCUGGACGGCGUCCUGAUACCUCCAUCUAGGCUAGUCGAGGCUCAGACGAAAUUGUGGAGUAUGAUCUGCAAACGUUCGUAUAU